AGAUGAGUCACUCGACGGGUCCACGCACCGAGUCCACUCACUAUCGUCUCUACGAGUUCGCCAAAUCUGCCCUCGUCAAGAUCUUUGUCCAUCCCUACGCCACUGUGUGUGAUUUGUAUUGCGGAGGAGGAGUGGACGCAGAUAAAUGGGACGAAGCCCAAAUUGGCCACUACAUUGGAAUUGAUGUUUCGUCGUCUGGUAUUAGCCAAAGAAGAGAAGCAUGGGAGAGCCAGAGGAAGGUUUACACUGCUGAGUUCUUUGAGGUUGACCCUUGCAUGGAAAGCAUAGAAACCCAUUUGAAGGAGGAGAAGAGCAAUUCUGGUGAUUUUGUUUGCUGCUUGCAACACUUGCAGCUCUGUUUCCAAACUGAGGAGAGAGCAAGGAGGCUUCUUCAUAAUGUUUCAUCUUUGUUGAAACCAGGGGGUUAUUUUUUUGGUAUUACUCCUGACUCGUCUACAAUAUGGGCAAAGUACCAAAAGAAUGUGGAAGCAUACCACAAUAGGGGCAGCAGUAUGAAGCCGAACAUUGUUCCCAAUUGCAUUCGGUCAGAAAGUUACAUGAUCACCUUUGAAGUCGAGGAGGAAAAGUUUCCAUUGUUUGGGAAGAAAUACCAGCUGAAAUUCGCUAAUGAUGUCUCUCCUGAAACCCACUGCUUGGUUCAUUUCCCAAGCUUCAUCAGGCUGGGCAGAGAAGCAGGUCUGGAGUAUGUGGAGAUUCAAAACUUAACUGAAUUCUUUGAUGAUAAUAGAGCGCAAUUAGCAGGCUUGAUUACUACUUUGUAUCCGAACUUGGUGGACCCGAGAGGGAGACUUCUUCCUCGAUCAUUUGAUGUGUUAGGUCUGUAUACCACAUUUAUAUUUCAGAAGCCUGAUCCAGAUUUUGGUCCACCCCUUAUGACACCGUAUUUGCAAGAUGGAAGUUUCAACCACGAUGAGAGGGAGUGGCAAGCCACGGGCUGGAAAGACGAUGAAAUGGCCGGACAUACAGAGCAAGCUGCACCACCCACCCUGCCGACACUGGGCACCCUGCCGGCACCACCUGCUGGGCUUGGCAACAUAAGUGAACAAAAGGGGAUUUUGGGUCCUGGCCCUGCAGAGUUACGUUUUGCCGAGGCGCUUUGACACAAGGGUUAUGAGAUGCUAUAGCGAUACGGACAGAACAGAAACCACCUACACCUAGAAAGCUGUAGAUAGAUUAGCUGUCGAAAGUGGGUAUGUUUAUCAUCUGCCUAGAACUCUACUUUUUUGGGCUGUUGUAGUUGAAAUAUGUGUAGGAUGAAACUUGAAAGAAGUUAGUUAAUGUACAGAUUGUGUCAUAAUAUAGUAAUGUAGUAUUAGUUUU